ACCAGAAUAUGCUGAGAGAAGUCUGCGUGCACGAGAGACUUUUGGGUUCAGUUUAGGUGAUGGUGAUGAGCCUCGUGGGCGUCCAUCACCGUAGGUACGCGAUAGUCUGCAGGUAUUAAGUUCCUCGCUCCCCCUGGUCAUCACACCACCGGUCAUCACACCACCGCCUCCUCGCCACACCACCCUAGUCAUCACACCACCGGUUCGACUCCCUGACGACGAUGCUUGCCGCGGGCCGCCUCCUGAGGGCCUCCGUAGCGAGUUAUGGGGGCGCGGCGCGGUGGUGCAGCUCAAGGGUGGGCAGCAAGGAGUACUUCGACGAGCUGCUGGCCAAGAACAAGGUGGUGGUGUUCAUGAAGGGCACGCCAGAUGCACCGAGAUGUGGAUUCAGUAAUGCUGUUGUCCAGAUCAUGCGCAUGCACGGCGUGGAUUAUGAUGCCUACAAUGUGUUGGCUGAUGAAUCGGUGCGACAAGGAAUUAAGGAGUACUCUGAGUGGCCAACCAUACCUCAGGUGUUCAUCAACAAGGAAUUUGUAGGUGGCUGUGACAUCGUCUUGCAGAUGCACCAGAAUGGUGAGCUGAUAGAAGAGCUACAGAAGGUGGGCAUCACAUCAGCCCUGCUGGAAGCAGAGGCUGGACAAGGAGAUAAAGGGGAGAAGUAAAUAUGUGAUAAAAGAGGGAGAAAGGAGGGAAAUUCUGUGUAGAUUCUCUUGUGUGUAUAUGUGUGUAUGUGUGUGCUGUAACCUUGAAUAAUUUAUCAUUUGGUGGAUGUUAAUUUUAUGCUGUUAUAGAAGCAGUCAUAUGAGAUAAUUUGCAGGACUCAUUGUUACCUAAUGAAACUUUGUUAAUGUAUAUAGUCAUAAAAACUAUUAUUGUA